AUCAAUCCUACAUUCACUCUCGGCCAAACAAAUGCAGAUCUCUUCCCACCUGAACAUGUUCUGAAUUCCAAUCCAUUGUGGCUCCACUAAUCUCUAGUUUGUCACAUUGGAACUUCAUUUCUCUCUGAAACGUGUGGCUAUUCUUUCGUUGAAACUGGUACUCUGUCUGCACUUAAACCAUUUCAACGAGGGGAUAAAUAGAUUGAAGAAUUAGGGAGUCACAAGUCACAUGCUCCUUUCACUCGGGACUUCCAUUUUUUUCUUUCACUCGAGAGAAAGGCAGAGAGAUAUUAGCAUAAGGAACAUGCAUCACCAAGCAGUGAAAAGCAACCUUGCUGAUUUAGCCACAGAGAGGAAAAGGGUUGGAAUUGGAUCAGCAAAAUAUGAUCAACCCCUUUGUCCAAAGCCUGUAAGGCUUUCACCUGCAGUACCUGAAUUCCUGAAGCCAAUCAGUCAGCCAAAUGUGGAUGAAGGAAGUGGAGUGCUCAAUAUGAUAACUGAAAAGAAUGCAGAUAAAAGGGAAUUGGCAUGUAACGGGUGCUUACCUUCUUGUUACUCUGGCUCUCCACCACGAAGAACAGAGAAUCCAUUGGUUCAUGAUGUGGAGUUUCUUCAUCAAGUGGAAGUUGUCUCACCAUUGGCAAGAACUAAACUCUCUGACAAAUUUGGUUUCACCUCUGCUUCUCCAAUGUGAAUCAGAAAAAUGGGAAAGUGGCCUUGCUGAAGGGAGAAAAGAUUAUAAUAAAUUUUCAUAGUCUAGAAGUAUUUGAGGCAUUGUUGUAGAUCAUGAUUAGUAUAAAGCAUGUAAUGCUUAUAAUGUAAAUACGUGAUGUGAGCUUCAUAGACUCAAAUGUACAUAAACAAUUUUGUUGUGUAAGCUAAUAUGGCAAUAUGGUUAUCAUA